CCAAUUCUUUUCAGUAGCCUAUUUCAACUAAAAAAAGAACCCUAAUUUUCCUGCCUUCUCCCUCUCAUCUCUCUCUUUCUCUCACAAUCUCACCUCUCUCGAACUCUUACUCACCUUAAACCCUAAAUCAAAAUUAAAAUCUUAUCUCACCACUCUUGCAACUCUCUCUAUAACUAGUUUACGAUCCCUGAAUCUCAAUUACAAGAACCCAAGCUUGAAAUAGUGCAUAAAUAUAUAGAUUCCUAUUAUUUCGGCUAAUGCGAAGCUGAAGUAUGUCUAUUCUCUGUCACUACUAGAAUCCUAGCCUGAAUUAGUAAGUGCUUUUUAAAUCAACGUCUUUUUGUGGUUUGUUGCCUUGGUCUGUUGUCUAACUUGGGUCAUCUACAAUUAGUAAGUAUUCUUCACUUUUUCUGCGUGUAUAUUUUACUUUUAAUUUAUGUUGCAUUAAAUUGUUCAGUUUUUGUGGAUUUUGGAUAUGCGUGGUUAAGUUUUUAAUAUCAAAAGUUUUGGUUUGUAUUUGGGUUUGUUCUAGCUAUUUAUAUUUUUAUGACAUUAAUUUGGUGAUUAUAUAUGUAUGUAAAGUUGUACGUACUUUAGUGUUAAAAUCACAGGGCCGUAUUGUUAUUUCGGCCGAGUUCUUCAUAUGAAAUAUAUAAUGAUAAAAUUGAAUAUGAAUUUAGUUGAGUUGAGUUCUGUAUUCAGUGAGCAACAAGUACUUUAUAUUAAAGAUGAAUUUUGCUGACUCGCUAUUAUUUUGUAGUAUGUAGUGCCAUAGUCUAUUACUCUUUUAGUCAUUUAGGAAAUGUCCCGAAGAUCUAUUUGUUCUUGGAUGAGAUUUACUGCACUAUAGAAUACAAAGCUUGUAUUAGUUGUUUCUGUAAUUUUUAGAUAUAUAGUUGUAAAAAUUCUAAUUUUCAUAUGGUUAGGGUCUUGCAGCUGGUUGUCCAAGAUGGAUGCCAGAUUCAAAGCCUAUGAUGUCCUAAUUCUUCACAAACAGGUCCAUGAUUUUGUAACUUUUAAGUAUGUAUCAAUUCAAGUGAAAAGACCAGUAUAGUACCAUGAUAUUAUACCGUUUGUCUUUGUAACUAUUAAACACUAUAGACACACACAAAAUUGCUUAUAAGUCUUUGUUAGAUUGUAAUAAUAUGUUUCUUGUCGAUAUGUAGAUUUUUUUUCUCUAGCAAUAUCUCAAUGAUAAAUUUUCAUAUUUAUUCAUUGCAGUGAAACAUGUUGUAUGCAUGCUUCUGCUAUGCACUUGAUAAAGUGGUAAAAUAAGGCUUACAUACAGAAAGCUGGUCAAUAGCAGUUUUGCUAAUCUUCAGAAGCCUCAAGUUGAACUUGAUGGAAAAGCAUGUGCAGCUGCUGGACAGAACAGCCUCAUGGCACUUUAUGAUGCAUUAUUUAGCCAGUUGGAUGUGAUGUCAUCUCAACUCCUAGUGACCGACAAUGAUUUCAAGAAUGCUGACUAUAGAGUGCAGCUUGGUCAAAUAGUGAACUCUUUGAUAGCACUGAGGAGCAUUCCAAUUUUUAAUGAAAAUGAUGCAAUCAGUACCAGAACAGCUCCAUACGAGGUUUUGAAAAGACCUCUGCAAUCCGACAAAGGGGUUGAAGAUGUUUGUAUUGGAUGAAGCAGAUGAAUGCUUUCACAUGGUUUUUAAGGAUCAGCCUUCACAGGCUAAUACGAGCUGAGAAUAUGGAACAAGGGCUAAUGAGUUGCUCAAAGUCGAAAAAAAUAGGUUUUUGCUCCUCACCGUGACAUGAAUCCAACCAAACACACUAAAGAUUAGAGAUAUUGUAAAUAUUUAAAA